AUGGGUGCCACCGCGAGCACCGAUCCGCCGCAGAAGCAGCUGGAAGAGCUACUAAAGGUGGCUCCAUGGCUGGAGUCGAAGGACCACCACCUGAAUCGGCUCGUGGAGGAGGUGAGGGCUGCGAUAAAAAACGGGCACCAGGCCUCCGAGAAAAUGAACACACUUAAAAGAGAGGCGAAAAAGGAGGAGGAAGAAAUCAAGCAGUUCUUCAAGAUGUUCGACAACUCAGGGGCAAAAGGACAGCUCACCAGAGCCGACAUUGGAGCCAUGAACAAGUAUCUCGGAUUCCCCGCAGGGGAGUCGGACAUCACCGACAUGAUGGCGAAAAUCGACAAGGACGGCGGCGGGACCAUCCAAGAGGUGGAGUUCAAGAGAUUCGUGGGCGGCAUGGGCGGGAUACCGAAUCUGCUGAAGACGCGGCAGGCGAUGCUGGGGGAGAAGUCCGGCCGCCGCCAGACCGCUAUGGAAUCGGGGGAGACUUUGUCCAGCCUCGAGCGGAGCAGGCUUGACCAGUGCGGCAUAGACUCCGAGGCCCAGAUGUACUGGAGCAUGGUGGUCCCCCAGUCCGAGCUGCGCGCGGCGGCCAGGCUGGAGAAGUGCCAGGAGCAGGCCAUCUGCAAGAUCAGGGAGCUGGCGAAGCAGAACCACAAGGCCGCUCUGCCCAAGCUUCAGAAACGGGUCAAGGACCUGCACCUUCCAGAGGACAAUCUCUGGCUCACCCUGGCCUGGAUCCGGGAGUUGGCGCCCAUCAUCGUACACAUCAACAUGGACAAAAUGCUCCAGUUCAUGGAAACAGACACGCACUACCGGAACCAGUUUGAGACAAAGACGUCCGGCGGCCUCUUGAAGCCCGAGGUGAGGAAGAAGUGGGAGAAGGACUUGUUCGACGGCGCAUACGACAGGAGCGGCCAGUUGAAGGACCGCCCAAAGUAUGGCGUGCAGAACGUGAUGAACGACCACAGGGGCGUGGUCGCGUGCAAGCAGUACGGCGAAUCGUACCUGAUCCUGAAGGACGUGCGCCUGAGAUGCACGUUCGCCCCGGAGGAUUCGGCAAACCUGAAGGCCGAAAAGUUGGCUGUGCCCGACUUCUACGCCCACGUCUUGGCGGAAUAUAGCACCGAAGAGCUGAAGGAGACGCUGAAGGUCGCUACCUCCGCGGAGGAGGCGCUACUCGGAGACUCCGAAAAAGUAGGGAAGAUGAAAUACAAGGAGGCCCAGAUCCACGGCGAGGUCUCUUUCAGUCAGCACGUGGAGAGGCUCGUGGUUCACACCAAGCAUCGGACUCCCACCAUGGAGCAGAGGAUCAAGAAGAUGUGCCAGAAGCAUGGCUUCGAGAUGACCUGGAUGGACAAGGAGCAGGAGAGGAUGAAGAAGGAGGCCAUGCACAAGCUCGGCGGCGCCGAGUGGAAGGACCGGCUGGCCAAGCUGGACGAGACUGGCGACAGCUCGGUGCCGGAGGGCUACUGCAAGGUGGGCUGCGGACGCUGCGUAGCUCCCGGGUUGACUCGCAGCGGCAAGCCUUACCAGACCUGUUGUCGCGGGUGCAUCAUGGGCUUCGGCCACGACGACAACUGCGGGAAGAUCGACCCCACGAAGGUGGGGGCUGGUCUCUGCAAGAUGGGCUGCGGACGCCCGAUCGCGAUCGGAGUGGACGACAAGGGCCGGGCGCUGCAGACAUGCUGCAGAGGUUGCCUCGAGCCUGUCCUGCUGCUCCUGCUCCCUCCCCUCCCACACGAGGAGGAGGAGGAGGAGGAGGAGGAGGAGGAGGAGGAGGAAGAGGAGGAAGAGGAGGAGGAGGAUGAAGAGGAGGAGGAGGGGGAGGAGCAGGAGGAGAGGAGGAGGAGGAGGAGGAGGAGGAGGAGGAGGAGGAGGAGGAGGAGGAGGGGUUGGAAGAGCUCCUGCUCCCGAUCUCCCUCUUCCAGGAGGGGGAGCACGAGGAUGAGAAUCAUGGGCAACUUUAUGGGUGGAUAG